AUGCGCCGCCUCCACAAGCAACUGCUCCCUCUUGUCCAUGCUUACUGCAGGCACACCAUCAGGAUGCAACACCAAGUGCGCGAGGCGAGGACUCCAGUCUGUCCGGUUGGCGAUGAGGCCGCUCUCCAGCUGGCCCGUCAGUGUCUGCUGAGUGGCCAGGUGAUUGCCCUGCCCACCGACACCGUUUAUGGCCUGGCCUGCGAUGCCAACAAUGAGCCAGCCAUCCAAAGGCUCUACGAGAUUAAGGGCCGGGAUGAGCACAAACCCGUGGCCAUCUGCGUCCACAACAUAGCUGCCCUGCGUCGCUUUGGUCAGGCUGCCCAUCUCAGCGACGAGCUGCUAACUCGUUUGCUCCCGGGCCCCCUGACCAUCGUGAUCGAGCGGACGCCCCAGCUGAGCAACCGGUUCCUUAAUCCCAGCACCUCCAAGAUCGGCAUUCGCAUUCCGGACUUCAAGUUCAUGCGCGACCUGUGCGCCGUUUGGCAGGAUCAGCCUCUGGCCCUGACCAGCGCCAAUCGCUCCAGUGCGCCCAGCAGCCUGCAAGUGUCCGAGUUUCGCUCCCUUUGGCCGCAAUUGGGUGCCGUCUUCGAUGCCGGCCAAAUCGGGCUCACCGAGGAACGGCGACUGGCCUCCACGGUAAUUGACCUGGCCACGCCGGGCUACUUCGAGAUUGUACGAGCCGGAGUGGCCCUAAAGCCAACCCUCAGCCUGAUGGAGGAGUUCGGCAUUCAGGCGAGAAAAAUGCUGUAG